UCCAUCACUCCUCUCAUACGUCCGCAAAGUAAUCAUCGAUCCUGCAUACGUGAUUGAUGAGGACGGUGAGGAGGUGGAGAGGCGAAUUCUAGAAAAGACCCUGCAUCUGCUUCCCCGCAUGAUAUAUCUGACGGACCUUUGCUUUCAUAUUGUACCUGACAUUGAGCGCAACAACACACUUGAAGAAGGACAAAUCCUCUCAUCCCUUCGGAGACUUUCUAUCGACAGUGUUCACACCGAUGAAUCGUGGCGUCAUGGUAUCCCAUGGGAUAGCCUUAAAGAAUUACAGUUCACAUACUUUUCUGAUAUCCUCCUUGACGUGGUUGAUCAAAUGUACUCCCUUCGUUCCAUCAAGCUGACGGGUCAAGUUCCCCCUUGGCAAAUCAUGAGUGAAGACCAUUUGGGAGUCAAACGCCGCAUUGCUGAGUUCCUUCGCGAGGUCCCUUCUGCCCUGGAAGAGCUCGACCUUGAGGAACUUACUGGAGAUAUCCCUGUCUCUAUCUUUGCCCGGUUUGGCCGCUCGCUCAAAAGGCUCAGGCUCUACAACCGCGGAAAUGAUGGGAAGGUGGGGUCGCGAUCAGUUCUUUCCCCAGAGCAGCUCGAUGAGAUUUGUACGGGCUGUCCACACCUGGAAGAGCUCCUAAUUGACAUCAAUCGCGAUGGUGAUUGGCCACACGAGAUCUUAGACAAGGUAGCUCAAUUUCCUCGAAUAAAAACGGUUACUCUAUGCCUCGAGCAUCCAGCUCUACAAAUACAUAGCCUCGCAACGGACAUUCGGUCCUCUGGCUGAACUCCUCGUCACGGUGGAUCCCCAUGGCUACCGCGCUUAUCCAGGUUUCUUCCCCUUCAAGCCAGGACAAUACAUGAGGACGUACAAAGUCGUGCCAUGUCGGCGACUCAAGGAUGCUCAUGCAAGGGGACUACUUGAUGUGCGCUCGUCAGGGAUUGAGGGCUGUCACGAUGAUAAAGGCACCGAGGCCUUCUAUGGACCUGUAGGUGGGAAUACGGAAGAUGACAACGUGAUUGCGGCACUUCAUGAAGAUCGUUGCGAACGGCUUAGUGCAAUGUGGCGUUCGAAUCGUGUCAUCUAGUGGUGAGGCUCCAAUAUGAUGUAAAAAUUCGAAAUA